GAGCAUUUUAAAAAUAUUACAUUCGCCUUUAAAAAAACAGUUUCCUGAUGUGAUACAACAAAGGCCUAGUGGUGAGAAGUUGUGACUCAUGAUUAGAAGGUCAAGGGUUCAAAACCAGCUGAUGGCCAUACAUGUUGUGUCUUUAGACAAGGCGGUCACCCCCACUUUGCUCUCUCAACCCACAAGUACAAAUGGGUACCAGCAUUAGCUGGGGAGUAACUUGCAAUGGACUGGCAUCCCAUCCAGGGGGUAUAGAAAUAUUAACCAGAGAUAAAUGCUGGCCUGAAACAAAGUAUAUUCUUGUGGGAACUACUGGUAGCAAAAAUGUUAGCAGAAGCAGAGUAUCAGGUGUCAUGCUCUGCUGUUUUCAUGUCAGAGUAUCUAGCUUACAUGUAGGCACACAAUAAUCGUUCAAAUUUCCUUUCUUUUUUGACACGCGCGUUCACAUACUUAAUUGCUAAAGUUCUACAAUGUUAACUUGCUUGCUUUACUUAGAACAAUGCUAUUUCGUUCUUUCCAAGGGCCCCACAACUGGUACAAAGCAUUUCCAAAGUGCGCAGGCAAAAAUCAGUCGCCCAUUGAAAUCAAUGAAAAAGACACCACACGAGUCAAUCUUGGUAAUCUAAAGUUGGAGGGAUUCUUCAAGAAUGACAAGACAUCUAUCUCAAGGUGGGGAGUGGCAAAUGAUGGAUUGAAAGUUUACAUCAACCUUGAGGGCACAUAUUACAUCAGUAAGGGUGGACUAGAAGGAAGGCAUAAAGCCUACAAUUUAUACUUCAACUGGGGACGAGUAGAUGGCCGAGGAUCAGAGCACAAGUUGGAUGGCAAGUUCUAUGAUGGUGAGAUACAAAUUGUGAGCUAUAGCAUGUCUGCACAGAAACAGUCAGGAUUUGUGACCAUGAUUAAGGUGGUUGAGAAAGACAAUCCCCUUUUAAAGGAGUUGAUAAACGCCGUGAAGAAGGUGAAAUACAGAGGUGAGGCCACAAAUGUCCCAACUCUAGACAAUCUGGCUGAUCUGCUGUCCCCUGAUUUUGGAAACUUCUACCGUUACGAAGGCUCUCGGACAUGGCCUGAAUGUACAACUGGCGUUACAUGGACAGUGUGGAGAACACCACUAGAAAUGGGCCGAGCACAGAUGGAAGAAUUCCGCGGAUUGUACAACAAAGAGAAAGGUACCGCAGACAACAUUCAUAUCGCGGACACUGUUCGACCCCUGCAACCUCGCGACGGCCGAAAGAUUGAGUACAAUUCUCAACAUAACUACCGCACAGAUGUGGAGGCUUCAAUUUAGUUUGUCAAGUGGUUACGAGACAAAUAUGAUGAUCUAAUAUCAAGAAUUCACUUUCAUUUGAUUCUAAUGUAGGUCAAAAUUAUUGUACAUGUAUCAUGGGUGGUUUAAAGAAACUCUUUAUCAAAUUACAAAUAAUUUAUUGCACUUUAAUUGCAUACUUUCCUUUCCUACAUGGUUUGUCUUUCUUUGUUUCACUUGUGGUUUUCUUGGAUUCCUCUUGUAGAACUUGAUUCCAUAGAGAUCUUGAAAAUAGUUAAGACCAUCAAGACACAAGACGUCCUCUUCAGUUCAGAUAUUUAUUCAUUUAUUUUAUCAGAAUAUAACCCAGUGACAGUAACGAAAUACAUUAACGGUAGCAAGAUUACAUAAAUACCAGUGCCCUUGAGAGCACAAGACGGUGCCAAUAAAUAAAGGACGUGGGUUUAGAUAUAAAACAAAUCAAUUAUAUCUGUCAAGAACUUGCUUGCAUAUACUUACUUGAACUUCAGAUUGUAAUCUUACAUUCAGGACUUUAUCUUUUCCCCUUAGUAAAAUUCUGAACAGUUUGGACUACAAAAAUGAUAACACGCACAUGUAAGCAUCGAUAAAAAUCUUAGGAAUUAGACACUGAUUAUCAAGACGGACUGAAAAGGCAGAGCUAGACAUUUGCAGUUGUCAUUUCUUGGUUGUCUAUUAACUUGCAUCCAGCUUGUCUUUAUUCAAAUUGUAAAAGUUGUUAUUCUGGUAUGGUUAAAGGCUAUGAGAAAUGCCAAGAAUAAUAAAGUUAUAUGACCCAUUAGGCCCCCCCAAAAAGA